AAAAUGAAUAUUAGUCAUGAAGUUGAAUAUUUACUAUACUUAAUUCCUUUGGAAUAUUCUGUAUUUAAUUAAAACAUUUCAUUUAAACAAAUAGAAUUGAAUGAUUUGUAUUUUACAAUUGACUGUGGAACAUCAUUUUGAAAAAAAAAUCUCAUGUUGUGGAUCAAUUUCUGAUUUUUGAUCUUAUUCAAAAUUUGCAAAAUCAUUAAAAUAUGGUGAUAGAACAUGAAGGAAUAAUGAAAAAAAAUCCAUAUAAAAUGAAUGUCCCAGUGAAUUAUGAUGGUGCAGUUGUGGGUUUAGCUAGACGAUCUACUUUAUUUCCAUUUACAACACCAUUACCAGGAAUAUCAACAGCAGCUGUACAAUUAGAACAUUUAAUAGGAAGAAAUAAAAAAUGGACAUCAGCUGGUUGGAAAUUAAGUUGUGAGUCAGGAUUAGUAUUUCGUACUCAUUUACAAGAUAAAGAAUAUGUCUAUUUAAAUGCAGCAGAGUUUGGUGAACUUGAAGUUGUUCGAGAUUUAUUGGAUGAUAUAAAACUUGAUGUAAACUGUGUAGAUUAUAUGGGACGUAAUGCUUUAUUACUGGCAAUGAAAAAUGAAAAUCUUGAUUUAGUGGAACUAUUAGUGAAUAGGUUAGAUUUUUAUGCUGUUGAAGAUGCUUUAUUAAAUGCGAUAAGUCAACAAAAAAAUCAUUUAGUUAAACUAAUUGUUGAUCAUCCACAAUAUAUUAGAAUGGAAAAACAAUGCAAAAGUAAAGUGUCCGGACCAUCAAGUGGAACAAAUAAUCGUGGUAAACGAUCUCAGUUCUCCUCAGAUAUUUCACCUUUAAUGCUUGCAGCACAUAUUAACAAUCAUGAAAUUAUUCAAUUAUUACUAGAUAGAGGGUUAAAACUAGAAAUGCCACAUGAUCGUGCAUGUUCCUGUCUGGAGUGUGAAACUAUUCGUGCUGAAGAUUCAUUGAUAUUAGAACAACAACGCUUACAUACCUAUCAAGCAUUAUCUAGUUCAGCUUAUUUAGCUUUAACUACAUCUGAUCCAGUAUCUACAGCAUUUAUUUUACGUAAUGAACUUUAUCAAUUAGCUUCUCAAGAAAAACAGUUCAAAGAGGAAUAUUCAGAAUUAGCAGUUAAAUGUAUGGAUUUUGCAAUAAGUUGUGUAGAUCUCUGUCGUACAUCAGAUGAACUACAUUGUUUAUUAGGUGGUACAAUAAAUUCAAAACCACAUGAUCGCGGAAAUCCUUUAAACACUAUUAAGAAUGCAAUUCAAUCUCAUGAAAAAAAGUUUGUCGCUCAUCCAAAUUGUCAACAUCAAAUGGAGAAUUUAUUUUACAGUUUAAUGUUUUGCAUUCGAGAUUUUGAAGGUGUACAAAGAUUACAAUUUGUGAUUAUAUUCCUCUCAUUACUGCCAUUUUUGUACAUUAUCUACCUGUUUUUUCCACAUUUUAAGAUGCCACUUCCACAAAGUUUAAUAUAUCGUGACCGAAGUGUUACAAAAUAUGAAGUAACAGAAAUACUACGAUGUCCUGUGACUAAAUUUCUUGGUCAUAUGGUUUCAUACUUAACAUUCCUGAUAUUAAUUACGGUGGCCACUUUUCGUUUGGAUCGUACAGCAAUCAGCGAUGGUGAAGACAAUUGGGAAGUUAGAUAUACAGAAAUUUUAAGCUAUGACUUUAGAACAUCUCAUGUGGUCAUGACCAAAAUUCAAAUAAUAUUACUAUUUUGGAUACUUGGUCAACUUUGUAUGGAGUGUAAACAAGUUUAUCAUUAUGGACUACGUUAUUUUUUCCGUAGUUAUUAUAAUUUUAUGGAUUGGGUAUCCAUUGCCUUGUAUUUGGCAUCAUAUUCAUUAAGAAUUAUUGUAGACUUUAAAGUUCAAGCAUCAAUGAGACAAUAUCAAGAUGUACUUAAAGUGGCUCAAUCAAUUCUGUUAAAUACUACAUGUUCCACUUCAAAAUUUUGUUCUAGUACUGAACAGACAACACAUCAAAAUUAUGUGAAUUAUCGAAAUAAAAUAUUAAUUCCAGAAUCUGCUUAUUGGUUAAGAGGAUGUCGGUUAUGGUGGGCUCCAGACGACCCAGAGUACAUUUCUGAUUGUCUAUUUGCUUUGGGUAAUGUCUUAUCAUUUUCAAGAAUUAGUUAUCUAAUGCCAGCAUGGGAAUUACUUGGACCCCUUCAAAUAUCUCUGGCUCGUAUGGUAUCAGAUAUCAUACGAUUCAUGGCGCUCUUUACUGUGAUGGUAAUUGCAUUUGUCGUUGGUUUAACUAAUCUCUAUUGGUACUUUGCAAACAUUAUUGUAUCCGUUGAUGCUCAAGGACAAUUAAUUCGUUAUGCUAGUGGAAUACCAUCAUUUAAAAGUACGGGUGCUACUUUUCAUACAUUAUACUGGGCUUUAUUUGGACAAUCAUCAACUAAUGUAACAACCAUUGAUGAAAAUCUAGCCAGUAUGUACCCUGGCCAUGAAUAUUUGGCAGUAGACAGUAGUCCAUAUAUAGUAAACAGUCUUGGUAGUAUUUUAUAUGCAAUAUAUAAUGCUUGCAUGAUUAUCAUUUUGUUGAAUAUGUUGAUCGCUAUGAUGAGUAAAUCAUUUGAUGAGAUACAGGGUGACCGUUUAGAAGAAUGGAAAUUUGCACGAGCAAGUUUAUGGUUAGUAUAUAUAGAUCAAGAAGGUGUACUUCCGGUUCCAUUAAAUUUAUUACCAUCACGAGAAGCUAUAUCAUCAUUAUUAUCACGAUUUUGUAGUAUAAUACAGUGGAAGAAACCACAAAUUUAUACAAAACAUCAUUGUGAUUUACAAAAAAAUGAAAAUGCUAUUAUAUUUAGUCAAACUACACCAACUAAACAUCAUUCAGUGAAUACACAAUUCAAUCAAAAUAUUCGUAAAACUCAUACAACUACUACUGUAAGCACUUUAUUAGAUACAAAUUCUAUACAUUCAAAUGAAUGGACAUCUGAUGGAUCAGAAAGUGAGAAUGAAACUGAAAAAAUUCUUAACGAUUAUAAACUUCAUACUGAUACUAUACGUGCUGAUGUAAUGCGUCGGUACUUGUUCAAGUUACAGAAACAGAAAGAAGAAGAAUUAAAAUCUGGUGGUAUGAAAUGAUUUAUAAUUUUCAUUUGAUUUACAGUAAUGGAUAUAAGAUGAAAAUACAGUUAACUCAUAAUUAAUUCUAUAGGAUUUAAUAAGAAGAAAAAGAAAUUCACCAUUACAUUGUUAAAUAGGUUGUUUCAUUAUAACUUAUCUAUUGAAAUUUUCCGUUAUGAAUAUCCACCGGCAACAAAUACAAAAAAUGAUGGAUCAUGAAGUUAAACGUAAACAAGAAUUAAACCAAGAUAAAUUGUCAAGAAAAGAAAGCAAAACUCAAGGUGAUGAAGAAAUUGACGAAACACCACCAAAGUCAGCAACAGAAAUUGGUGAUGAGAAUAGAUUGAGAGGUUUACGCAGUCUUUUAAUGCCACCGUCUAUUCGUAAGAAAUUAGAAGCUGUUGCAUCAGUAAAUCAUUCAGGUAAUGAAUCAGAAAAACGAGAAGCUGCUGAAGCAGCUGCACGUUUUUAUUUACUUCAAACAACUAGAAAAGCAUAUGAUACUAAUAAAUUAAGUGGUGAAAGUUUUAAAAGUCGUCAGUCAUAUUCUAAUCAACCUAAAGAUGAAACAUUUACAGCACGUACCGAGAGACCAAUUAAAGGUGUACAUCUAAGAGAAUUAUAUGGUGUUGAACAAGAAAUGCAUGAUAUGUCAGAAGCUCUUUCAUCUUAUUCAUUGUCAGAAGCAACUAUUUCAGAAUUAAAUGAAUUAGAAACUUACUAACAUUUUACAACAUGAUAGUGUACAUUUAAUACUAACUCAUUCUAUAAUGCAAAAAAAAAAAAAAUAUUAAAAUCAACUUAAUCAAAUAUCUUUGUAAGUUACAAAAUUAUAAUACUAACACUGUUUAUGAUCUUCAGAUUUCAGAUCUAAUUCACAAUUCAAACAUUCACUUCAUAUGAUUCUCUUUCUUCUUAUUAAAUAACACAAUUUCCAUGGAGAUUUUCAGUUUGUAAUACUUUUCACAAUUUGGUUUGUGUUCUUUGUUUGUUUUUUUUUGUUUUCAAAACAAAUCAAUGUGUUUUGGCUUCUAUUUCGUUAACAAAUUAGUUACUAGAAGUAGGAUUGAAUAACAUGCAACAUAAUUCUUAGUAAUUAUUAUUACUAUUAUUAUUAUUAUUAUU